CUUCAUCUUAGUCUCUGCCACCCACCACCACCUACCGCCAUUCUUUGCUUUCCUCUCCUCCUUUCUGUUGCUUGCCAAUCCCGGAAUCGAGCCUUUGGUUGGCUCGAUUUCCGCUUUAAUUCCCAUAAUUUUCUUUAUUUUUCUCAACCAUGGCCCUUACCCAAACGGUAACUUUACCUGGUCCGGGUCCGUCUUGGGACGAGGAGGUGGUACCGGCUCUGCGAAAAAGACUGGAGAAUGAGAGUCGAACACUUGCCCGGCGCAUAUCAGCUAUUUCUAUAACCUCGUCGGAGGACGUGUCGAAAGUGACGGCGAGCAACGAGUUUGGAUAUCGAGGACAGAACUUUGCUUUGAAUUCUUAUCAAAACAAUGCGACAACUUCGCGUUCUCGACCCUUUCAACAACAAGCACGGACUUCCUUAGAUCGUGGUUCAUCAUCCUCACGCGUUACCCCUGCCAAAUCUUCUUCGACCCGUUCAAGAACAUAUUCGCAACCUUAUUCGUCUGACACGCAGAAAGGACGACUUAAUGGGAAGUCCAAUGGUUCGCGGUCAAGAUCUCCUCGCCAUGUCGAAGCCAAACCAACUCGCAUACCCAAGCCUACUCGAAGCAGAGCUGGCAGUACCUCAAGUCAUAACUAUGCCAUCCCGGGAAAUAGCGGCAGUCCCUACGGUUCCCCGCAGUCAACCACCACUGAUCCUGACUUAUGGAUAGUGCAUGAACAACCGGCAGCUGCUUCUCGUUCGACUAUAUCCGAAACGAGUCGUCAACAACCGAUUCUUCUCAACGAGCCGGCUCCUUUCAAACCAGAAUCAUCCCCUUCUCUCAAUGCAUAUCAAUCCCAGGAAAGCAUCCGAAAGCCGCUUGACGACCCUCCACGGCCCUCCAUGGAAUCAGAAGAACGUCCGUUUGAGCAUUGGUAUCGGGGAGAGGUGUCGCGGAAUGGUGGUGUGGGCGAACUAAGAGUAGGCCGGCGCCAAGAGAUGCUGGAAAUCGCCAACUAUGGCCAUUCCCUUAGAACGAAAACCGAGGCCCAGAAUGCUUUGACGGACGCCCUUGAGGAAGGUAGGCGAAGGCGAAGGCGAGCGGACAGUGUUGGCGCUACUGAACGCAGGGGGAGCUUCCACAUGGAAGAAGAUGGCGUUGCAGACGCUACUCAAGUAAUGGACGAGCACCCAUUGACCGACUUGGAUGGAGAAGCUUCGGACGCUGGGAACUCGUCAGACUAUUACACGCCAUAUUCCAAUCACAAUGGUGUGUCUGAUGCUUCGUCUGCUUUGACACCUGGGCCUACAGCCACGCGUGGAUCGCGGAGUAUUACGCCCACUUUCCAUCGACCAUCUUCCCGUCAACAACCAUCUCGAAUACCUACACCUACACGUCAGAUGACCGAACACUCUCGAAUGGCGACACCUACGCAAAUAGCAAGGGGAUCUAGCGAGCCCCCUUCUUUUGCAUCAACUUCAUACACUCCACCUAGCCGUUCGCAGACUAAAACCGCCUCACCUACAUUGCAACAAAAACGUGGUGCUUCACCCGCUUCUCUCUCUGCGUCAUCAAAGUCAAGGACGACCAUAUCCAAAGCUACACGUGCUAGGAACGAGGCUUUGAGGAAAGAACGAGACGAAGAAGCAAAGAGGCGCAGUGUCGCUCAUUACCCAACACCCAACGACGAUAUGCGAGACGCCAUACCUACAUGGACAGAACCUGUACCUCGGGAAGGUAAUUGGGACGAUGUGGUUCUACCAGUCGUUGCUAGAAAGAAGGGCCUCAACGGUCAUUACGAGCAAGCGGAUGGUAGCCCUAAGCCCAGACCAACGGAAAGAGUCGUCGCACCGGCUCCCGGAACAUUCGGAUAUGACCACUCGAAGUAUCGUCCACCGUUGGAUGGUGAUCCUGACAGUAUCCUCAUGGAUGAGUUCGGAAGACCUAAUAACGACCACCCAACUGUACAAGAUACGGCGUACGAGGAGGAGACAAAGCCGCGUCCGCCACUAUCUCCAAUAUCUACGAAUCAUGACCGGACACCCUUGCCGGUUCGGACGCAACCUCCUGCAUCGCCUGUACCAUUCUCACACUACGCGCCAAACACUACCGCAAAACUACAACCAGUUUCUGCUGGUGCGGCAAAGCUUGAGGUCCAGGAACCUCGUCUAGAAGAAGAGGAUGCAGGAGGAUGCUGCAAGUGCGUUGUUAUGUAACCUUUUUCAUAUUUCAUUUUGGCGCGUAUGGAUUUUCCCUUCUUCUCUGUCUUUUUUCGCAUGCCUCCUCGUUCUGUAUUGCUGUGAGCCCUCAUAAUCACUUACCGCCUUAGGCCUCGUCCUCCUUGCUAUCGAUUAUCACAUAAUCAUACUUCACUGUGUCCUUCCUUUAAGACCACUGUCGUUCAAUGGCACAUGUCAGCGCAUCCACCACUUUUGUGCUUUUAUCCUCGUGUAUUCAUAUUCGCUUUCGACCUUACCGUACGUUCCUAAUGCGCUUACUAUGUGGACAGUUUAU